GAAUGGGUUCGAGAGUCGGUCCAACCGGAGGACUUCCGGCUGACAAAGCUUUGGCCGGAGUUCCCAGACUUCUGGACGAUCUGCAGAGACUCUCCGAGGAUUCGGAUUCAGCGGAUAUUGUCUUCAUUCUGGGCAGAGAGGAGGAACGGGUUUUCGCCCACAGGAUAAUCCUGAUGGCCAGAUGCAAGAGCUUCCAGACGGUGAAGAGGGGUGAGAUCUGUCGCAUUCCCGGAUGCACGGUGAGCCCCGCCGCCCCCGGCACUCCGACCCCCGUUCGUCUCCCGCAAGCGCCGCCAGACACCUUCAAACAAUUCCUCAUGUAUGUGUACACCGGGAAAAUCUUGCUGCAGGACAACGGCGUCUUCGAGAUGCUUGCCUUGGCUCAAGAGUUGGGCGUAGAGGAACUGAGGAACGCCUGCGAGGAUCACGUCACCUCCACCCUAUCAGUUGCCUCCGCUUGCACUUUUCUAGCUGCCGCCAUGGAUAUCCAGGACCGAUCAAGGG